GUCGCAAGCUAAAUGUGUAAAAGGAGGAGCGGUAAGGCUGAGUGCACGGCCCAAAUGGCUUGCUGGCAUGGUCCAGUCCUGAGCCUGAGCUUUCAAGUUUGGGUCCAAUUUUCAUCAAAGACACGAGAUCCUUUUGGCUUGUUACAAAUCCGUCUAAAAUUAUCGUUAGUCUAGAAAAACGACGAGGCGAUUUCAACGCUUAUGCACAUGAUGUACAUUGCACAGCCGGCAUACUCUGGAUUUCCAACUAUGCCGAAUUGUUAUAAGAUGGCAUGGGGAGGACCUCACUCCCAAGUUCAACAUAGACAUCACACUCUCCUCGACCAUGGGCCCCUUCGUUCGAACCCCGUUGCUGCUUCUCGUCCUCGCCCUCCAGGCUGCUUCGUUUAUCGUCAUCGAUAGGCGAUGCGACGCCUCGGAGAAAGGCGCUUUGGAGAUAGCGAUAAGAGAGACCAAAGAGAUCGCGCAAGCUGCCGUCGAUGCCAUGAAUGCUCGCAAAAUCGGCAACAGUGAGGAGGCCUACAAAGGCGCUUACGAUCCGCUUUUUGGUGCUGGUGCUUAUCCCAACGUAAAAGGUGUUAUGGAGAAAGUUGUCUCGCUGCAUGACGAUCAAGGAUUCGGGGUGACCGUCUACUGCAAGGGCGGCAUGGACCAAAUCUUUGCUUUUGUCCCGGGUCCGCCAGAAAGAACCGAGGACAGGGACUUCCAAAACGCUGGAAAAGGGGAAGGUGAAAGGAAGGUGUAUCCUGCCUUCGCGGGUAAUUAUCAGCAAAUUUUCGGAGGAGACAAAAGCAAUCUAGCCGCUAAUCUCCACGGUUACACGCCGGAGCCCGGCAAAUUCGACUUCGCCAACCAGGCGCACAUCUAUCUGACCAAGGGCGCGUUUGAAAUUGAUCCCAAGUAUGAUAGCCGCCCCGUAAAAACGAUCAGGGAAUCUGGCCUCUCUACUGGGCACUCUCAACUCGAUUCUAUCCAGUCUACGACCACUAUCUUGCUGCACGAGCUGAUGCACGUUGCCGGUGGCUUGAGAGAUCCAUUUAAGCAGCGUCCUGGUAACCGCAUCAGGGAUGGCCCCGACGGUCUACUCUAUGAUUGGAAGCGCUGUGUAAUCGUGGCAGCCAACUGGGACAGAUUUCAGAUAAAAACAGAGGAGACCGCGGACUGCCUCAUGAAGUUUGCUCUUGCUUGCUACCUCCAACCCCCCAACAAGGAUAAUGCGCCUACUUGUUGGAAUCUGGGUAAUGUUGAUCCGAAUACUGGGAAACCUGCUAAGAUCGAAGAGACGGGGGCAUGGAUAAAGAGGAGUUUGGAGGUUAUGGAUGCCCGGGCCAGAUGGCAUGCUCGAGCUUUCCGUUGAGCUCUCUUAAUUUUCGGGAAGAUCAUUGUGGCCGCCUUGUACUUUAGAUUUCUUGACUCCCCGUCCGCCAUAUCGCACGUUUGAAUGUUGGCCGCCUUGCCAUUCUUAUCACAAGCAAGCCUUCUCACCGCGUCAAGUUCCGGUCCCCAUUCUCCCAUCUUUCAUUAAAGUUUGGAUGUCGGAUGUCUGCAUGUUCUUUGGAGCCUUUCCCCGAGGUCUUGAAUGUCCAUGUAGACGUCCUUCAUCGCCCUUCUUGCACUCCCUUUUUGACCUUCUUUGGAGGCUUCAAGCUCGAAACAC